GAAGGCCCCUGAUUGAAAACAUCACCAAAGAAAAGCACGGCAAUGUGUACUCGGAGGAGUAUGCCAAGACCUUGGGCGGAAUGAUCGACAAUGUUGAGUACCUGGCGGGACAGCUCCAGAACGUGACCUUGAGCACUACAUGGCCAGAACCGCAAGAUUGGUCGGCCAACCGUCUCUUGAAACAGUUCAAGACCAUCUCCAAAUUGGUUGCAAGUCGCACAACCAGGAAGGCGGAAAGAGAGUUCUUCUACGUGGAGCUUGGAGGUUUCGAUACUCACAACGACGUGCACGAGACUUUGGAUGAACUCUUUGCAUUGGUGGACGAGGGACUGGACGUCUUUGUGAAGGAGAUGAAAGCACAGGGCGUUUUUGAGUCUGUGGUGUUGGUGACCACCUCCGACUUUGGGCGCACCAUGACCUCGAAUGGCAAGGGCACGGACCACGGAUGGGCAGGCAACACGUUUGUCUUGGGUGGCAACAUACGCGGUGGUGAGAUUUACAAUGAGUUCCCUGCGUCCCUGGUUGAGGGAAACUUGUACGAUGUUGGUAGAGGUCGGAUGAUUCCAAAGUACCCGUGGGAGAGUGUGAUGCUGCCCAUUGCAGAGUGGAUGGGCAUGGAUGCACAGGACAAGAGCACCGUUUUCCCCAACCUACAGAACUUCAAUUCCUCAAGGCUGCUUCCGACAAGCAUGCUUUUCAAUACGUAG